CUGCCAUUUGCUUGAGGCACCCCAUGAAGGUUGAACAUCGUAGAAAAGAAAGCGAGUUUACUAAUUCGAUACUACGAAUGUUUGUCUUUGGAUUGAGUGUGACUGUGCAAUCUGUGCUUAUUGGAUGCUAAUUUGUUUUUAAAGGGUAUACCGAACAUCGUAAAAUGAAUCAAAAGUCAUUCCACCUACGCUGGAAUAACCACCUUCAAAAUCUGCAGAGUCUAUUUGAAAAUCUCUACAAUGAGCAGAGUCUAGUAGAUGUCACAAUAUCUUGUACUGACGGUCAGCUGUAUGGCCACAAACUGGUAUUAUCUGCAUGCAGUCCAUAUUUUGAAAAGGUCUUCAAAGAAAAUCCGUGCAAACAUCCCACAAUCAUACUAAAAGGAAUAAAGAGUAGGGAAAUGCAAAUAAUUUUACAGUAUAUGUACGUAGGAGCUGUAGAUGUAGGCGAGGACGAGCUGGAAUUGUUAUUAGACACAGCGACAGAACUGCAGGUCAAAGGUUUAGUACAAAACACAGGGGAACAACAGAAUACCAAAGAAAAAAAUACCAAGUCAACCAAAGAAUCGUUCACUAGUAGAGAGCCAAGUCCUGUGCAUCACAAUGGCGAGGAGUUGAAGUGGCAAGCAGAGUUGGUGGCUACGUCGUCAAGUAAGAGAAAGAAUAAAGAAUCUGAUAGGCAGCGUGAACAAGUGGAAAGACCUACAGAGGAAACUUCAGACAGUGAUAGUACGAUGCAAAUUAAAGUUGAACCAACAUGUGUGAUCCAGGACGUGAAAGAAAACGCAAAUGAAGAGUUUCUAGAUUUUGAGGAAGUGAGUGGUAGUGAACUCAUCAAAACUGAAAGUGUAGAAGAGUCUCAAGAGGAAAUGCAGUUUGAAGCUAGUGAAGUGAAUAGGACUGAAAGUGACGAAGCAGUUUAUUUCUGUCAUAUUUGUAUACGGAGUUUCCAGAACAAGGCAACAUACCAUCGACAUAUGCUGACGCACGCAGGGGUAAAGCCACACAGUUGUUCGUUCUGCGAUCAGUCGUUCCUGCGGUUGUCACACCUACAGCGGCACAUCCGUGUGCACACUGGUGAGAGGCCUUACUCGUGCUCACGCUGUCCCAAGCAGUUUGCACGGUCCGACAAGCUGCGGCAACAUUACAUAAUUCAACACAGCGAUGUUGCGGCAGCAAGAAUACCCAAACCCCGUGGUCGACCAAGAAAGGUGAGUCGUGGACGACCAAGAAAGAACCACAACAGCUACGGACCUCCGAUGGGUACCUUGGACCCCCUGGUAUAUCCUGUGAUGUCUGGCAUCGGUUCGGUACUCAGCAUAAACCCCGUUCCUGUCACCAACACUGUCUGAUAUCCAGGGCUACGGCGGCCCAGCAGUCGUCGACCUUCACAGUUACAAUAGUCUAGUCUAUCAGUGAACAGCUGACAUCACUUGAACACGUUUGUACUUGCAAGAUUGAAUAAUGUAAUUAUUGUGUGUCUUUUGGUGUAAAGAGGGUGUGUAUCUAAUUUUGUUAGUGAAUGCAGUUGGUCUAUAAGGAUUAUGUAUCAAAGUUCAGUGUAUCACAAGCUGUAAGCAGCUUAUUGCUUGUGAAAGCAGAGACAACAAGCUGCUGGCUGCAAAUACUUGCUAGUAACCGUUACUGCAUACUUACACUUACCUUGUCUAUUGAGCUACUUUCCUUGGUAACUAUUAUAAUGUAUGCUAACCAAGGAAUGAACAUUAGACUAGAUAAAUAGUAACUGGAACUGGCAAGUAUUUGCAGCCACUAGCUUAAAGUGUCUCUACUCUCCCCGUCUAUAAGCUGCUUUAGAAUUUAAUAACUAUUCUCAAUUCCACAUUCACCAUGCAGUAAAAUAUUUCCAUUAGUCAUAUAACUGAAUUUAAAAUGUCAGUUCUAGCAACGCUACAUAGUUGUGUGUAACUGAUGUGGACAAGUUACAGCAAUAAGUGGUGGCAUGGCUGUUGGAUCUCGGUGACAGUGAUUAUUUCCCGUUUGGCUUGCUCUAACGACUCACUGUGCAGCUCUGCCAACCACUCCGCCAGGCUGUUCCAUGUACCCUGGAUGGAUUAAUGACCCUUUGCCGAACCAAGUUGUCAGCAAUAGUGGUUAUUAACGAUUAGGCCUAUAGCCCUGGUGUGGAUUAACGUCCGUACUACGACUAUCGGCAGUACUAUCCUGACCAAUUAUAAUAAUUAGACCAAUUCAUUAAUACCACAGCAAAAAUGUGGUUCGGACUCCACUCUAAAACUGCAGGUCUCUUAUUAGCUUUAUGGGCUAUUAAUUAACAGCUGUGUCUAAGGAAUAUGUUGGCCAGGACGUGAUUGAGUUAUGCGAACGAGCUCAUCUUGAAAAUGAACGAGCAUUUGACAUAAAACCAUAUUAUGACAGGACAACGUCUGUCGGGCCAGUUAGUUUUUCAUAAAAAGAGCUUUUUGGUAUGUAUGGAAUGUCUUGUUGUAUCAAUAGUCAAUAAUAAAGAAUCAAUAUAAGUUAAUGGCUAUUUGGAUUAAAGCUAUUGAAAUAUGAACUGUACAUUUGAAAUUUUAAUUUUGCAAUGUGUGCACAAGGGUUACCGUUAUUGUUUUUAAACUGUUGUUUUUACUUAAUUCUACUAUCUGUAGCUUAGUCAAACAUUUUCUACCACAUAGUUUUAAAUGUAGCACAGUUUUUGUGUGGACUUAGUUUUGUUCACAAAAUAAGGUGUUUUUUUUUGCCUUACCAUUGACCAAAACUAUUGGUUAUUGUGUGUUAUAUUUUAGUGUUUGUUAUUUUAUGUAAUCUGUUUUCAAAAUUAAGUUUUUGUCUUGUUUCAUCUUGUAAUAGUAUGAAGGAUGCAGGUUUAAUUCUAAGGAAAGAUAGAAAUAAUUGUUUUAAAGUAGAUAUAGAACCAACAGUUAAAAAAUUAUGUUCCUGACUAGUGUUACCUUUAUCAGCAAGUUACAAAUGAGUAUUUGCUUAGAUUACAAAGGAGUGACAUGACAAUUUUUAUAUUAAACUACCCAUUACUAUAGUAUGUAUGAUGGAACCUGUUUCAUGCUUUUACACUAUUGAACAUAUUUGAUCACUAAAUUCUUUGUAAUUAUUAUAUUUUUGUUCUAUACUUUGUUCAUUGUCAGUUUUUGAAUUCCCCAAGCUGAUUUCAAUGGUAUCAGCAUAUAAUAUGGUAAACUGUUCAACAAAUGUUUUUCUUUGUGAACUAAUAAAUAUUUAAAAUCAUUCGGAGAUUCUCUCCAAAUAUUAUUAUUCAUGUUUGGAAUUGGUGAUCCAUGUAAUUUUAUAAUAUAAUUUUUGCAUACUUUAAUAAUAUGAUCAAUUAUCAGUUUUUACUUACCGCUUGGUUUGUGAACUACCUACCUUAAGUGUUACAGACUUAAAGAAAUAUUACAAGACUUUUUACACUCCGAAAUAUGGAAGGAAAACUAUGAGAUUUAGUGUCAAUGGCAUGUCAUAUUAAAACAAUUUUUCAACAAUGAACCAUACAUAUACAUUCUUCUUGAUAAUGUUUCUGUAAAAAUUGAAAUAUCAUAUAAGGUAUACUUUACAAAUUUAUUAAUUAAUAUUCACUAUUUAUUAAUGUUGGUUUUCAUGCCAGUAGUAUAUAUAAAGCAUAUCAUAAUCCAACAAAGCUAUUUAAAAUAUAUCUUACCUAUGUUAACUUUUGAGAACACUACAAUAAGUUGCAUUUUCAUUGUUCCUAAGUACAGGUAGUUUAAUGUGAAUUAUGAAUUAAUUAAUGUUUUGGAUGUCAAUUAUUAACCUGUCGUGAAGCUUCAUAACUUUACCAUACACAAUUUUAAGUUCAUAAUAAUUUUCUUAUACGUAGAAUAUUAUUUUGUUCUUAGGUUUGACUGUUUUUGUUGAAUUUUUUUACAAUAUAAUUAUUGUUUCA